AUUGAUCCCUUGCAGGGUUACUUGAACAAGCCCGAAGAAGGAGGAUCCCAUGAGAAUGGAAGACCACAUUAUACCUUAGACUCUGAUGGAACAUUUAUUUCUUACAGGUUGGUUCUGCUGGCUGAGUGUUUUUCCUGUGUUCCAGCCAGCUACUAGAAUUCCUAUGGAGUACACACCAAAGAAAGGAAACAAGAGAGAUAAGCUGUGUCUCCAUUUCUCCAUCCCUCUCCAGCUGUCUGUCAUAAUGCUAGUUUGCACAGUGCUUCCAUCUUGUGUACCUCUUGUCUUCCCCUGCUAAGAAGCAGCUUUCUCCCAUCCUCACAAUCAUCCUUGGUUGUCUUCACUGAUUUUUUUAAAACCACCUGUAGGUAAGAAUGUGGCUCCUUUUUCUCAUGUGGCCAAAGAUCUCCCAGAGAAGAGGAAAACGGAGGAAGAUCUGGAGCCCUAUGCCACUACAGUUGCCCCUUUUCUCCUCCUGCCUUCUAUGUCCUCCAUAAAAAAACACCAAGAGAUUGUUCCUAUGUUUUUUCACAUAGCUCAGACACUAAAAAUUAGAGCAGAAGGCCUACUGGAUCCUGUCUUUCUACAAGGAAGUUCCUUUCAGAGCUUGGCUUCCUUGUCUACCCUACUGUUUCCAAGAUUGAAGAGUCAGGCUAUCCCAACCCCACAAAGCUUUCACCUUACCAAGAAACCUGAAAUAGAUGGCUUCUCAGUUUGGUUCCCUGCUGUCCACAAGGCUUCCCAAUUAAGAUUUGAUUUUGUCUGUACAACUUCAAUCUCUCCUUGCAGUCCUCUGUUCUGACCCUUUUGAACCAUUAAAUUUGAUAGCCUUUAACCUUCUCUUAGUAGAGGUGGCCUGUUUGGUUUCCGUCAUUUCAUCUCCAUGUGUGGGCACUCCAGUUGUGAUUUUCUGUGAGGGGAAGGUAAUCCUCUGUACCCAUAAUGGUUCUCUCCUUAUGGGAUUUUUGUCUGAAUACCAGGAGUCCCUUAAGGCCCUCUGACAUUUUGUGUCAAUGCAGAGAACUUAGAGAAAAAUGCAAAUCUUCAAAAUCAUUUCAGAAAUUCCUUUCCUUUCUCAUUAUGUUGGGUGCAGAUCUCUCCAAUCCUCCUUAAUUGUCUUCACUGAUUUUUUUUAAACCAUCUGCAGGCAAGAAUAUGGCUCCUUUUUCUCAUGUGGAUAUGUCUGUCACUUUUUUAAAUCCAGAUUCUUUUAUUCCACAGCUGAUUUCCUCUGUACAAAUCUCUUCCAGGCGACUCCACUAGAGCAAUUUCCUCCUUUUUGAACCAAGAAGGAAGAAGCCUCAAUUGAGGCAUCUUGUCUCAACACUACUGUGUGGCUCUAACUACUUUAGCAUGCACUCGUGGCAGUAAAGAAUGGGAAGAACUAUUUGUAAACAACAAUUACUUGGCAACAAUACGGCUGAAGGGGAUUAAUGGGCAGCUGAGAAGCAGCAGGUUCCGUAGUGUUUGUUGGAAGUUGUUUCUAAAUGUUCUACCACAAGACAGAAGUCAGUGGAUAAAUAAAACUUCAAAAUUAAGAACAUGGUAUAACAAGAUUAAAGAAAUACAUAUUACAAACCCUCGGAAAGCUGGACAGCAGGAUCUGGUCAUCAACAAUCCACUUUCACAGGAUGAGGGGUCCCUUUGGAACAAAUUUUUCCAGGAUAAAGAGCUUCGAGCAAUGAUUGAACAAGAUGUGACAAGAACAUUUCCUGAAAUGCAGUAUUUCCAACAAGAAUGCGUGAGAAAAAUUCUUACAGAUGUUCUGUUCUGUUAUGCUAGAGAAAAUGAGCAGUUGCUUUAUAAACAGGGUAUGCACGAACUUUUAGCACCUAUAAUCUUUAUCCUGCAUUGUGACCACCAAGCAUUUUUACAUGCGAGUGAAGCUGCACAGCCAAGUGAGGAAAUGAAAGCUCUUUUGAACCCUGAAUAUCUGGAACAUGACGCCUAUGCAAUGUUCACACAUCUUAUGAAAACUGCAGAACAUUGGUUUUCGACAUUUGAACAUGACAUUCAGAAGGAGAAAGAUGCAAUGAUGACGCCUAUACCAUUUGCGAGGCCACAGGAUUUAGGUCCAUCUAUUGCUAUAGUAACUAAAGUAAACCAGAUACAGGAUCACCUGCUGAAGAAACAUGAUAUUGAGCUGUACAUGCAUCUGAACAGGCUAGAAAUUGCUCCACAGAUUUAUGGACUACGAUGGGUAAGACUCCUUUUUGGACGAGAAUUCCCACUUCAGGACCUUCUUGUUGUCUGGGAUGCUUUAUUUGCCGACAGCAUCACCCUGGAUUUAGUUGACUACAUUUUUGUAGCCAUGUUGUUGUAUAUUAGAGAUGCCUUGAUCUCAAGUAAUUAUCAGACCUGUUUGGGACUCCUGAUGCACUAUCCACCUAUAGGAGAUGUACACUCCCUCAUCCUAAGAGCACUGUUUCUCAGAGAUCCAAAGAAAAAUCCAAGACCAGUGACUUACCAAUUCCAACAAAAUUUAGAUUAUUACAAAGCACGUGGAGCAGACUUGAUGAAUAAAACCCGAGCCAGUGCAAAGGUUGCUCCACUGAACAUUAAUAAAGUCUCCAAUAGCUUGCUUAAUUUUGGUCGAAAGCUGAUUGCCCCAGCUAUGGCUUCAGGUAGUCCUGCAGGCCCAGCUAUUAGUGCUAGCAGCAGCAGCUUUCCUUCUGCUGUAAUGCCCAUCAGGAGCACUGUGGAGCCCCUCCAGCACCAACACCUUCAGGCGCAGCAGCAACAGCAGAGAAUGAUGAAAUCAGAAAGCAUGCCAGUUCAGCUGAGCAAAGGAGAUGUAGUUACAGGCAGCGAAGCACAGAUGACUGUUCCUGCUCAGAAUCUAACAGCCCUCCAAGGCCAAAGUUCAAAAAAUGUCAGUUCAUCUCCAAGCAGAGAGAGCUUAUCUGCAGGACGUGAAUACACAGGAUCGCCUCCUUUAUCUGCAUCCAAGAAAGAUUUCUUUUUCAGCACCAUCUCCCGCUCUCGUUCCCACAGCAAAACUAUGGGCAGAAAAGAGUCUGAGGAAGAAUUGGAGACUCAAAUUUCAUUUCUCCAAGGACAACUAAAUGACCUAGAGGCCAUGUGCAAAUACUGUGCAAAAAUGAUGAACACACAUCUUGGAAAUAUUCAAGAGGUCAUAUUACAGGAACACUUGGAGAAAGAAGAUGAAAUUCUAGUAUCCCUGGCAGGCUUGAAGCAGGUCAAGGAUAUUCUAAAGGGUUCCCUGCGUUUCAACCAGAGCCAGCUGGAGGCUGAAGAAAAUGAGCAAAUCACAAUAGAAGAUGAUCAUUACUGUUCCAGCAGUCAGAACAAGGAGAUGGGUGAUGCCCUAAAAGGAUCUGUUAUAGCAAAGCAACACUUCUCAACGCUUCAGGCAACAGCUGAAACGAGCAGAAAUUCAGAGAGCAGAAGUACUGAUGACUAUAUCCUGGUUUCUGAAGAAGAGGAGGGAAAUAAAGGUGCUGUCUCUGAGCACAAGCAGUCGCUUCAGGCACACAAGGAGGCGGCAACAAAGAAUGAAGCUCCAUCUCAUUCUUCUUUGGUCUUUUCUGAUCCACUCAUGGGCUCCAUUUCUGCCUCCUCUAGUAACCUGAGUUCCAGCCCUGAUGAUGAUGAUAGCAAUAAUAGCAAGGAUUCUGACUUCACUAUUGUCAGCCCCUUGGACAUCUAAUUAAACAUCUUGGAGAGCUUGUGAGGUCAGUUACUAAACCUCAGCUGAAAUAACUUUAAUUCCACAGGGCUGGACGACUGAAUCAGAAGGGCAGAAGGUAUAUAAAGAUAACCCAUUCCAGCUGCUAAAAGCCUAGCUAAUAGAUCAGAGCAAAUUUGGUACAGGCAGUAUAUUGCAACCCUCCAAAGAGUAUAAAAAUUUUGUAAUGGUUACCUUAACCGCUGCAGUAGUAUCCAGACCCAAUAUAGAACUACUGCUAGUUGUAGGGUUAUGUUAGUGGCUUCUAGAACUAUAGUACUAUUUACUUAGUUUCUCGCCACAUAGAAUAACCUGCAGCAUAUAUUCUAAAGGGUACCCAUAGGAGAGGAGACAAAACUACAACUAAUACAUUUCCUUUUUCCAACAUGCCAGGUUAGGCUUAUGCUGGGUGGGAAGGGAACUAUUCCACUAGAGAUUAUGGGUAGAAAAUGAGGGGAGGCAAAUCAAAGAGAUGCAAAGCAUCCUUUAGCAACUGGUUCAGCAGCUGGUAUCAAGAUUACUGGAGUCACUGCAAAACCUCUGACUAGUACUCGGAGAGAGAAACUAUAAAAGAUAAGACCGGCACUUCAGGUAUAGAACACGAAAUCAAAUCUAAAAUAGCCUCUUUAAAGCACUGGGAAGCUUGAAUCUAUACUAGUUAAAAGACUUCUAAUAUUUCUGAGUGAGGUGGUGCGGGGUUUGUGUGUUGUAGUAGUAUUCCUUUGAAAUCUGUUUCUGUAAAUGUUUUAAGAACUGUACAGCCUCUUUUGUGUAUAAGAAUCAAGUCCAUUCAUGAUGGAUGGUGCUGAGGUUUUCCUUCAUGGCAAUUCUGUAACAGUUUAAGAAAUAAUUCACUGAGAAAUGUGAAUUGGAGUUAUCCCUAUUUAUUUGAUUAGAAGCACUGUCCAUUGUCCCACAGGAGUCCUGAAUUCCAAGGGACUAUGAGAUUCCUUUUCCUCUAGCUAGAGGAAUCUGAGUGGUGACUUUUGCUGAAGUAUAACAGUAGUUCUCAGUCAACACAUCUGUUCUGAAGUAUAAAAAUAUGCCGUAGGCAUGGCUGUGAAAAGGAGUGGGAUGUAGUUUGAAAAUGAAAAUGAUGUGGAGACUGAUUCCAAAUUAUGGAGUUGUUGAAAAUCAUCCACCUUGCUGGAGUAAUUUGUUUGUUACUGUGGUAAGGAGAGAAGGCAAAGGAGAACUCUAUUUAGAUUCCUAGGGAUGUCUGCAACAAAAGAGAACGAUAAAAUGAAAGAACUUCUACGACUGUGUCUAAAAGUGAUUCACGAUUACAUGGAGAGAUGAACAUUUAUAUGCUGCUAAUGGAGAGAUGAAAACUUCCCUUUGCAGGUAGCUUGAUUGGGUUUGAUCUUUCCUUCUGAAGCUAAAUGAAGUUGCCCUUGCUCUGAUUUAGGAAUGCCACCAGGUUUGUUCUCAGUAGAAGAGUCCUGAGUUCUUAAUCUUUAAUCCCACAAUACCUGGUGCAGGUUAAAGACACAAGUUCGUGUCCCAUUUUUAAUGCUUCCUCACUCCUGUGUUAAAGUAGAACCAACUGGCAAAUUUUGGAAAGGAUGGGGACCUGAACAACAGAGUCCUGCGUCUUUUUGCCUAAUAUUUUUUUCUCCUCAGAGGUAACACUACACCUCUUACACCUAAUUAUAUUGACUAAUUUCACUUUCCCGGGGAAGAAUUAGAGUUUACUGAGAUUAACAUGUCUAAAUCAGUGGUUUGCUAGGGAAAUUUAACCAUCUGAUGGUGUUAGAACUGAGCAGACUGAAUUAAAACAGCUUCCAGCUAUCAGGUGAACAUAACUUACCAGGGAAGGAGGAAAAGAGCCCUGAGGCACUCAUAAUUAAAAGCACUUUAUAUUGCAUUGCUACUAACCAUGUAUUCUCUGUAUACAAAUACGACAUGAUCUUCCCCAUUGCUAGUCAAGAAAAAGGCAGUGGUUCAAUGAGGUCAAGAUUCUAAUUAAUUCUCUAACUUGUUUUUCUAUUUGGAAAAGGAAAUCUCUUUCCCAUGAAAUGUAGAAUGCAUCUGAUAAUACAUGUGGGGUUGUUUUUUGCACUCCAUAAUCAUUCUUAAACUCUUCGGAAGUAACAAAAAUAAAUUAUUAAUAAAUGGAAGCCUACUUUUUCAGCAGCUCUGAGGAAAUUCACUUAUAGAAAGAAUGCCACUAAAUUACUAUAUACACAACAACAACAACAAAAACCCUCCAUGUUUAUAGGAUUUUAUUUUACAGGAUUCAUACCAUGUAACCAUGCAAUAACUUUGUAAUUGCAUGACAAAUGUUAUGUUAUUAAUAAUUGGUACAUACAAUUAUCAAUUCAUCUGCAAGUAACUGGAGUUAAAUACAGUUUUUCAAAGUUAGAUGAUGUGAUAUACUGUAGUUGGCUCUUACAAGGUCUAGUGUUGAAGACUGAAAUGAAAAGGUAAUUAUCACAUAAUUACAGAGUAGCGGCCAUACACGUACACAUUUGAAAGCCACCACAUAAUUCUUCAAAAAUUAUUUGUGCCUUAUAAAAUGAAGAAAUACUGGAAUGUUAUAAGCAGGUUUAGCAUCAUGUGUGUGACACACUAGUGUGCUGAACAGUCACGAUGGCUGUUUUUGCUGAAAGAUCUUAAACGCAUAACAUUUUGGAGGGGUUUGUAUGUUGGUGUAAUUCUAAUCCUCUCAUUUCUACAUCUUCACAAAAAACAUUUCAGGAUUUAACCUGCAUGCCUGUGUGCAGGUUUAUUUUGUAUCCCUGAGUUUGUGUGAAUGCCAGAGGAUUAAAUAGCUGUUAUUUUAAAGCCUUCAGGCUUUUCUAGCAUUCCCCCCUUCCAGCUAGAGUUGGUGCUGAUGUGGCACAAAGGUGAAUCUAGUCAGGAAGUGCAUAUGUAAAGAUGGGGGAAGUGUUAUGCAGAUCCAGAGAAUCAAGAAGUACUGUGUUUCAGAAAACCAAAAUCUUCAGUGACCACAGCAGUCUGGCAGGGAUAAAACAUUUUAAUUUUUAAUCUUUUUUUAAGCAUCCUUUUGUUUUCUGUCCAUUUACUCCAGGGAUCACAUUAUCAUUCUCUUGAACAAUCUCAAUGCUAUAAAAGAAUGUGAUCUGUACAGUUCUCUUAUUCUUUAAAAUUAGUGGUUAUGUCAUUAAUAGCACAUUUUUAAGCAAAGCUGAAAGUAUAAAACUUUUUUUAAAACUCACAAGUUUUGCUGAAUAUCUAUUGUGCCAUGGGAUUUGAACAAUAGACAUUGUUCAGUAUAGAGUAGAGAGACAUUAAUACAAAUGAAAUUUGAGUGAAUCCCAUUGGAUGAAUCCACUUUGGUUAUACCAUGUCCCUCUACGUUCCAAAUACUGUUCAUAGCUGCUGUUUGAUCAUACUGGAAAUGUCAUUAGACUCUUAUAUACAUUAAGCCAAAUAGCUAUAGUUUGGACAAAAUGACAGAUAAUCACCCUAUCUUGCCUUAUGUUACAAAUAUACCCAGGAAGAAAUUUCCAUUUUAAAACACAGGAUUAUUCUUUCUUCCAAAGAGGACCUGCUCAUAAUGUUCAUGGAUAACAGUAAUCUGAUAGAAAAUAUAUGCAUUGUAAAUUACAGAUAAGUACUAAGGUGGGACUUUAAAAAAUAUACCUGAGCCAAUUUGAGGCUUAUUGUACUGUAUCUCAAGUCUGUACCAUAUGACUGUUUCAAGUCUUGUGCAUGUAACGUCAGUCAUACCUUACUGCAGAAAGGCAGUCACCAUAUUUUGACUGGGUAUUCAUUUAGCUGUGGAAAUUUGUAUCUUCACUCUGAAAGAAUGUCUAACCUGCUUUAUUAAAGAAAGAACUAACAAAUGCAAA